AUGAACUCAUCUUCAAAGCGAGCCCUUGAAAGCCUGGAGCACUCGAAGGCCAAGUGUCUCCACCCAUUCCAGCCAUUAAUUGAAAACAGAGAGAUUGCCCCCCUGAACUUAAACCUUCCUCUGGUCCAGAAGAGCCUGCCUUCGCCAAUUCCUAGAAAUAUGUUCACUCAGGUGCUGAACACCGAUGAACCCAAGCCCACCCUCACCAAUUGGCUAAUGCCUACAGUGGAGUUUAACCCUCGUAUUUCCAACCCCAAGGACACGGACGGUGCAUCAAACACCGUGAACGUGAACUGGCCACUCCCAUACACUCGCUCUAUCGGUCCAUUCAACGAGAAUGGCUUCGCAGUGGUUACCCAGACCUGGUACGACUACAGUUCUAUAACGGACUCGGACUCGCAAUCCUCGGAAUCUCUUGGUUCGUUUUGUUUCGAUCCCCGAUCUUCCCCCGUCCCUCGAAUCUGCACCCGAGUCUAG